AAGUCCAGAUCAUGAAGCAUCAAAUGGUUUAAUUCAUCGAAUUGAUGGAGCUCUUCCACCUACUUAUAAAUAUCCAACAGUUUUGAAACGUUUAACUGCUGAACCAGAUCUAUCAUCAUUUGUUCAAAGUUUACCACAAGAUAUAAAAAGAAAAUUAGAUGAAUCAGAUUCAAUUGAAUGGUAUACAGUAUUUGCAGUGCCAAAUAAUAUUUGGAAUAAAAUAACAUCAGGAAUUGUUUCAACAGAAAUCAAAGAAGCUUUAGCACGACAACAUGUCAUGAAUAAAAUGCUUUGUUCAGAUGCAAUUGUUAAAAAUACUAAACGUGUUGGUCCAACAUUAGCUGAAACUUAUAUUGGUAUUGAAAGAAAUUCUAAUGGGAAUUUAAUUAUGAAUGAUAUAUGCAAUAAACAAAUACCUAUUCAACGUACAGAUUUAAUAUCUGGUACUGGAGUUAUACACAUCAUUGAAAACUCAAUAAGCAGUUUAGAAUCAAUGAAAUUAAAUGAAGCUCUUGAAUGCUUAGAAAAUAAUCCUUCAUUUAAUGUAAAACAAGCUGCUAGUGAAAUGCGUAAAUGUCAAAUAGAUCUUGGAGGUGGUAAUGAUAAUGUCAUACUUUUAUCGAAUGAUGGAGCUUUUCAAUCUAAAUUCUACAAAGAGAAUAUAAGACAACUACAAUUAGAUAAAUGUAAAUUAUAUUCACAUCAUUUAUUAAAAAUAAAAAAUCCUCAAAAUGUUGAUGUAUAUAAAACCGGUUUUAAUCAAGAACAAGAAUUUACAACCCAAUAUACAGCAUCAGAUGAUUCAAAGUAUUCUGUUUAUAGUAGAUAUAUUAAGACAAGACAUGGUACAAAAUUAACAUUUAAUCAUGCUGAAGCAACUGACUUACAUCCAAUAAAAUUUCAUGAUGGAGUUAUCCAUAUUGUAAAACAAGUAAAUUUACCACCACAAAGUGAUAUCUCUUCUUUGAUUCAACAAAAAUCAAAUACAAAAGAAAUUUCAACAAAAUUUCUUUCAACUAAUUUUCAUCAACAAUUAAUUCCAUAUUCACCGAAUAUUUUAUUUUUGGCACCAAUUGAUGCAGGAUGGAAAACAAGAGAUUUAGAAAAUUCUUAUUCCAUUGAACAAACUCGUAAACUCCUACAAUUGCAUACUAUUCCACAUGGAUUUUUUGGUAGUGAUGAUGGUUUUAUUGAACGUGGUAGUGUACUUGUAGUUGAAUCACUUUUAACUAAUUUACAAGGUGAAAAAGUAAAAUUAUUCAUUAAACGUACACCAGAUGGUAAUACGUUUGUUGGUCAUAAAGAUCUUAAAGAAGAAUUAUGGUCUAUGGUGAUUGAUUGGAAUAAAGUUGGACAGAAUGGUAUUGUUUGGUUUAUUGAUUGGCCAAUGAAAUGUCCGGAACAAUUAUGUUAACAAUGUUUAAUCAAUAUUUUAAUGAAUUUGAACCUUAAUGAUAAAUAACUAUUAGUCUAUUGUUUAUUGAUCGAUUUUGUUUUGUUAUAAUAAACGAUCAUUUAGUUCAUGUUACCGCUUUUGUUUGUUUUUUUCUUUUUCAUAAUAAAAUAGAAACUUUUGUUUUAUUAUUAA